GUAUGAAUGUAUCCUAUGUGGAUUUGAACCAGACUAUAUCAGUGCCUCGUGCUGUAUACAGAUGCUAUAAUAGAAAACUGAAAGUAAGCGUACUGUUCACUUGUACUGUAGGGAACCCAGUUAUAACAAAUAUAGUUCCAGACUUCAGUAGAGACAAGGAAACUCUUCAAGAAGGAAGUAUAGAAUGCUGUUCUGCCUCCUGUUGUUUAGUAAAUCAAUUAUCUGAUUUAACCAUCAAUAAAACAGGAUUCGGAAUAGAAGAUGAAGGAGGUGGGGCAAGCUCUGAAUGGUCUUUCUGGUUCUUCCUCGGUUCGUUAAUCAUACUCACUCUCUUCUGGGUCAGCAUACUCAUCAAAUACUGCACCACGGCAAACUCAGAUCUUGUUCAUAUUCUCAAGAGUUCAACUGAUCCUCCCUUUAGUUCAACAAGAUUAGGGAAAGAUGGAACAAUUCAUCCAUUAGUUCAAUACAACAACUACAUCAAGUUUAAACCUAAGAGAAAGAAAGAAGAAGUUUUGAGAUUGUUCAAAAAGGGAAAACAUCCUCGGCUACCUGUCUCAGUGUCACAAAUCAGGUCAUCUGAACUACUGGAAUAUGAAUAUGAACUAGAGCUUGGGGAGGAAAAAAUUCUUCCGGACAUCACUGUAGCAGGAACAAUGCCAAAAUUUACCAAAGCAAUUAGGACUUCAAGCAUAUCAACAAUUGGAAGCAUUCAGGCAGAAUCAAGUUCCAAUAAUAGUCGUUCGCUUGAAAUGUCAAGCCGAAAUCAUCCUGAAGUAUCAAGCAGUAGUAUGCAUGAAAUAUCAAGCCGAAAUAAUCCUGAAGUAGCAAGCAGCAGCAGUAUGCAUGAAAUAUUAAGCCUAAAUAAUCCUGAAGUAGCAAGCAGUAGUAUGCUUGAUAAAUCAAGCCGAAACCCUGCAGAACUAGCAAGUAGUAGUAUGCCCAGAACAUCAAGCAAUCCUGAAUUGCCUGAUACUGAUGCAGAUCCAGACGAUUCUAGACCUGGAAUAUUCAGUAUCUCAGCUCUGCAUAAAUCAUCAAGAAGGAUUCAAGCAGAGGAAUUGCCUUUUUCUCCAGGUGCAAAUCCUCCAAAUGAUUCUAUUGAUAGAACAGCUGAGAUUCCUCCUGCAGAAUCAGCUGACAGUGCUGGUGCUGGCACCAGUGACAGUACAACAUUUCUAAACCAGUUUUAUCAAGCUUAUAUUUUCAGUGGACCAGCACAUCUCAGUGCGGAAACUAUGAUGCGAAUGUUAGACCAUUUCAGAGAACUACGAGGAGACACUGAAACAAAUUCUAAUAUAUCAGAAGAUAUGCCAAGGAUUGAUAGCCAUGUCGAUACCUCGAAUGAUGGAACUGAUCUGAAAGACAAAGAUGAAGAUCUUGACGCAGAUGUAGAAUCAUUGAGCAGUGGAAUCAUUAGGCCUUCUUUUUCAACUGGAAAACACCACAAGACACUUCCUCUAGACUCCAGUAUGACGUGGAGUCCUCGACCCCUAAUUCCGUCCUACGUUCCGUCCUACUCCGUUCCAUCUGUUUGGAACAUAGAUAACUGUAGAGAGAAACUUUACAGAUACACAUUCUUAGAAGGAAUAAUAUAUCCACCAGGAUAUAUUCCAUAACUAGGUGUAUUCUAUUCAAUUAAAGCAAUUAAAGGGAGUGUUCGCUAAAAAUGAAACUGGUUUUUCAUUAAAAAAUAAGAUUCACUGACACAGGGUCAAACGACAUAUAGGGUCAAACCACCCAGGAUCAUAAAGCGACAAAGGGUCAAAAUGGAAAAAAUAUGUUAUGUAUUAUUUUAGGGUAAGGUUAAGUUAAGACAAUUUCUGGGC